CCAUCCUCCUCUUCGUGCAUCUUUCCUCGAAGUUUCUUCUUCGUGCAGCGCAGCGGAUGCCCACUCCUGUUUCCAUCCGCAUGACAGCCUGCCUCUUGGAGAGGGGGAGCAUGGGAGAUGUAGUGUAUUUCAACGUGUCAUACUCCCUCAGAACACCUUCGGUUGGAUGUUACAGACUGUUCAGAAGUUGAGAGAAGCAUUUGAAAGUUUGCUGAAAUGACACCAGGUUCAAACUGCACACGCUUAAGGAAAGGGAUUGAAAGAAAUUGCUGUGUACGGUACAAACAACAGAAAUCCAGAUCAGGGUCAGUGACAAAGGAUCCCAGACCUAGAAAAUCCCCCUGCCUCAGGACCUGUCUGACGUUUUGCUUUAAGGACCAGGCAAGGAUGGAGCAAAGGGAGUCACCAGUGGAUUCUCAUGUUGAGGGGACUGAAGGAAGAUUCAGGGAAUUGGCUUCAAAGUGGUUCAUAGAGACUCAAGUUCCACUCAUCGUCCACAACGGCUUCUUCCCCACUUGGUUCCUGGGCUUCAUCACAAGAAAGGAGGGUGAAGAAAUACUCAGAGAAAAGGAGCUGGGCUGUUUCCUGAUCCGUCUCAGUGAUAAGGCCAUCGGAUACAUACUGUCUUAUAAAGGCAGGGAUCGGUGUCGACAUUUCGUGAUAAACCAAAGUGAAUCAGGGCAGUUUUUCGUUUGUGGAGACACUAAAGGGCACGACUCUGUCUCUGAUCUCAUAGAAUACUACAAGACUAGCUCCAUUCAGCCGUUUGGAGAGUACCUGACAUCUUCGUGUUUUGAGGCACUGGAUAAAGAGCUGUAUGAUACCAUCCAGGUUAGCCCUAAAGAAAAGCCUGUGGUCUGUGAAGCUGUGAAGAACAUACGAAAACCACAGAUGAAAUCGGCCUCAGUGCAGCCGCCUGCACGACCACCAAAGAGCAACAGGACACUAGAGGAAGUACCACCUUUGCCUCGGAGGAGCAGGCACCUUGAUAGUGGCCCCGUAAAUGACAUUUUGUAUGCUCAGCUCAGGAAGCAAAUACCUAGGGAGACACCGAGAUCCCGACACAUCUGUCAGGACAAUUUCCCUGGCAAUAAUCCAAGGAGAGCUGGAAGAUCCCCAACCCAGGAUCAGAGCAGGUGUAGUCCUCCAGCUGGACCACAGUCUGUAUAUUGUGAGCUCGGUCUGUUGGACACCAAGAGCAGAUCUCUAACGCUUCUGGACGACAGCUCUGAUGGAGAGCAGUCUUACAGGCUGAGUGCAUCCCCUCACACGCCACCGAGACUUUCCCCCAGGCCGGUCAGACAAGCCAAUUACUUUGGCCCGGCGCCAGAGAGGACAGACUCGUGCAGCAGAGCCAGCAGCUGCAACAGCCUGGAAAACAUGAGUGACAGCGCUGUCUAUCACCUGGCUGGCAGGCCUGGUAGCCCACACACUACACCCUCUGGGGCCAGGUCAUCGGCAACAGAGCAGCACAGUGGUUCAGUGUAUGCUGAGGUCCCCAUUGAAGCCGGCGUUGGCCGCUUCCCUCAUGACAAUACAUAUGAGCUGAUUCCUGGCCACGAGAACACACCUCAACCCAACAGCAACACUUAUGAGCCUCUGGAGGACAUCAGGCCCAAACAUAACCCCUCUUCCUGGGGGUUGAAGAACGAUAAAUGGAAAUGGCUGUUUCCUGAGGCCAAGAGGAAAUGGUGAAAAGGUUACCUUACCAGCUGCUGAUGAAAAAGUUCACUAAUUUUACUCUGACACUACAGUGGCUGCCUAAUAUACAGAACACUCUGUGAAAGCUUCUUUUACAUAUUCAACAUUACCUUACAUGUUCAUAGCUAUUCAAAUGACAUCUUCUGUAUUUUUUCUUUUUAAUGUAUUUAUUUAAAAAUGAUUAUGCAUUUACAUUUAAAUA